AUGCUCAGGACCCUCCAGCUGGCCUUGCUGGCUCUGGUCAGAGCGGCGGGCCCGAGCCAGGCCAGCGGCUUCACAGAAAAAGGCCUUUCCUUGCUGAGCUUCCAGCUGUGCAACUACAGCGUGACCCGAAGCAUCCAGAAGGUGGGGGCUGUCCAGGCAUCGCACGUGAUCUACACUCCCUGCGGCGGGUGGAUCCCAUGGAGGCGGUGCCCUAAGACGGUUUACAGAACCCAGUAUGUGGCUGUGGAGGUCCCCGAGUCCAGGAACGUGACCGACUGCUGCGCGGGCUAUGAGCAGCUAGGCCUCUACUGCGUCCUGCCCCUGAAUCGGUCCAGGGAGUUUGCCUCGAGACCUGGGGUCUGCCCGAUGGUGGGGCUCGGAGCACCCGCCUCACCCUGCGUGCUGGACACAGACUGCCCGGGACUUCGGAAGUGCUGCCCCUCAUCCCGGGGCCACCACUGCGUGGCUCCUGACCUCCGAGCUCCAGAGAGCCCUGUGACCUUCUGGUACCGGGUGACUGUCCUGGUAAAAAUGGACUUCAAGGAGCUCGAGGAGGUGGACCCCAGACUCCUGGACCACAUGCGGCUUCUGCACUCCAUGGUCACCAGCGCCUUGCAGCUGCUGCGCCCCGCUGUCCACCACCUGCAGUCGGCCCGCGGGGCCACCUCCACCAUGGAGUCACAACUGCUGUUGGGCCUGUGGCAGCCGGUGCCCGCGGCCCAUGUCUCCGCGAUGCUGGACGAGGUCGUGAAGCGCGUCUGUGCCGUGAUCGACAUCCAGGCGCAAGAUGUCGACGAGUGCUUCAUCGAAGAACUCACUGCCUGCUCCGAGGGGGAGCGGUGUUCGAACGUGGAGGGCUCAUCCCAGUGCACCUGUGACCCCGAGCCGCCGGCCUCGGCUCCCCGGAAGCUGAACCACACCUGGGAUGACUGCCCUCCCAUCCGGGACUACGUGACCCUCAAUGUCACCAGCAGCAGCUUUUGGGUGUCUUGGAGUUUAAAUUCUACCCGGCACCGCAUGUUCCUCGUGCGGGUUUACAAGGGGGGGGAGCUCCUCCAGAGCGCCAGGACCGCGGGGAGGACCCUGCAGGUGGCUGGGCUGGAGGCCGGAGAGCUGUAUGCAGUGAAGACCAGCUACCAGGCGUGCGGGGCCAACGUCACUGCUACGCUGACCGUCAGAACAGACGCCCGCGAAUUUGAAGUCACCGUCAGGGUCCUGAACCUCAAUGCGACAGAAGAGCUGCUCAACCACAGCGGCCCCGAGUACCGGGACUUUUCUCGACAGCUGCUCGGAGAGGUUGCAAACUCCUUCCCGCCUGCGGUGUCCGACCUGUACAGGAGAGGGAAGCUGAGGAUGCGGAUCGUCUCUCUCCAGGCCGGAAGCGUGCUGGUGACGCUCAGGCUGACGGUUCAGGACCCUGAGUUCCCAGUGGGACUCUCCACGCUGGCCCCCAUGCUCCCACCUCUGCUGGCCAGCACGCUGUUCCAGAUCGACCCGCGGGAGACACGCGUGCAAGAUUGGGAUGAGUGUGCAGACAGCCUGCGGCACGACUGCUCCCCCGCUGCCCAGUGCAUCAACCUCGAGGGCUCCUACACCUGUCGGUGUCGGACGGCCAGGGACGCCAACCCAACCCGUGCGGGCCGGGCCUGCGAGGGUGACGUGGUGAACCCCACGGGAGGUGUCCUGGCUCCGGCAACAGGUGUAACAGCCCCAGAGCUCGGCACAGAAACAACAGCCCUUGGCCGGGAGACUCCCACCUUGUGGCCCAGCCCUGGGUACCCCUGGGGCAUCCCUGCAGCAGGCCAGGCCCAGACCCCAGGACCCCCACCCAGGAGAGGGGGCAGCGGCGUGGUCAAGCAGGUCAGAAACAGCACAGGGCAAGGGGUGGAGGAGGAGAUAAACUCCACCACGGAACCGUCCUUCUGGCCCACCCCUACCAAGGGCCCCACAGACCACAUAGAGUGGCAUGCCAGUCUGCCCACUUGGAAUACACCACCAGCACUUCUGGACCACACGGGACCACAGCAUUUGGACCCUGGGCCAUCCAGCUCCCCAGACCUACCCUCAGCCCCCACCCCUGAGUCUCUGAAGCUUCCGGCCUGUGUUCCCGCCCCCAUCAAAAGGGUCACCAUCUCCAAUGUGACCAGCACCAGCUUCCACGUGGCGUGGGCGGCGGAUCUUGCCCUGCACCCCACCUUCCAGCUCACCGUGCUCCCUACGCGGAGCCCCGCGGUGCACCUGGAGACCCGGGAUGCGAGCCUGACGCUGUCGGGACUGGAGCCUGGCGUCCUACACCUGGUCGAGAUAGCGGCCGAAGCCUGUGGGAAAGGAAGUGCCAGGGCCCGCCUGAAAGUGAGGACAGCGGCCCAGAAACUCAGAGGCCAAGUCAGAAUAGCAGACGUCAGCUAUGUGGAGUCCUUCCGCAACCCAAGCAGCAAGGAGUAUCGGGUCUUCCAGGAGCGAUUCUUUAGGAUGGUGCGGGCUUCCUUGCCAGCCGCCGUGCUCCGGCUCGUGGACACCGGCGGGGUCCAGAUGGAGGUGACCCGCAUCGCCAACGGCAGCGUUGUGGUGGAGUUUAACCUGCUGAUCACUGCAGACGUGGAUGUCCGCGAGGUGUCCGCCGCGUUCCUCGUGGCCUUUCAGAACGCGUCUCUGCUGGAGGUGGUCGGAGGGGAUACCUUCAUACAGGAUUACGACGAGUGUGAGAACCAGGAGCACGACUGUGAGCCGGGUGCGUCCUGCCGCAACACUCUGGGCUCCUUCACCUGCAGCUGCGCCGGCGGCGCCCCCCGCUUCCCUGUGGAAUAUUCUGGAAGACCCUGUGAAGAUGACUUCCCUGGCAACACCACCCAGGCUCCUGGCCCCUUUCUGGGCCCUGGCCCGGAGCAGCUCCCCACCCCAGCAGGAGCGAGGGCUGCCUCUGUGCCGGGUACCAGCCAGGGCCCCCAGGAACCGCCCCCGCGGCUGAAACUGACCGAGGCGGUCAGGGUGCUCUGCGAGAUUGAGAAGGUGGCCAUCGCCAUCCAGAGGCGCUUCCUGCAGCAGGAAUCCAUCCCUGAGUCUUCCCUGUACCUGGGACACCCAUCCUGCAAUGUGAGCGACCACAACAGCACACACGUGCUCCUGGUGGCCGGGUGGACCGAGUGCGGAACCGUUGUGCAAAGUAACGUGACGAACACGGUGGUGAGGACCAUGCUGAGGAACGACCUGUCCCCCGAGGGCAUCAUCCACCACCUGAAGAUCCUGAGCCCCAUCCACUGUGCCUUCCAGAACGACCUCCUGACGUCAUCGGGCUACACUCCGGAGUGGGGGGUUUACACCAUUAUCGAGGACCUCCACGGCGCUGGCAAUUUUGUCACCGAGAUGCAGUUAUUUAUUGGGGAUUCUCCUAUACCUCAAAAUUACAGCGUGUCUGCCAGCGACGACAUCAAGAUUGAAGUGGGGCUCUAUAAUCAGAAGAGCAACCUCAAGGUGGUCCUGACUGAGUGCUGGGCGACGCCAUCCAGCAAUGCCAGGGACCCGGUCACAUUUGGCUUCAUCAACAACAGCUGCCCCAUCCCCAACACACACACGAAAGUGCUCGAGAACGGGGAUUCCAGCAAGGCCCAGUUUAAGCUGAAAAUCUUCUCUUUCAUCAACAACUCCAUCGUCUAUCUGCACUGCAGACUUCGCAUUUGCAUGGACUCCCCUGGGACCACGUGCAAAAUAAAUUGCAAUGACAUCCAGUCCCCAAGAAGCAGUGAAGCAUCUGCGACACACCAGAUGUCCUGGGGACCCCUCAUUCGGUCUGAAGGUGAGCGUCCAGGUGUGCAGCCAGGCCUGGGAGCUGGCUACCUCGUCCUCAUCGUGGUGGCUGUCUUUGCCUUGGUGGCAGGAGCAGCUGUCCUUGUCAUCGUGCACUACCAGAGAACGACCGGCAAGUACAACUUCGGAGCCCAGUCAGACGACUUCAGCUACCAGGUGUUCUCCGCGUAGGAGGCCCGGCCAGCCUGGAGGUAGCUGUGCAUCAACCUUGGUUCUUAAUUCAUCAAGUAUCGACGGAAG